AGUUAGACUUGUGGCCAAUCAGUUCUGGAGCCUUGUGCACAGGGGUAUAAAUUUGAGGCAGUUGCCGUAGAGACGUCUGCCGCUGAAGGGUUGAACGCAAGAGCCCGUGAUAUCUCGUAAGGUAACGUUAGCACGGAAAACGUGUGAUGAACACUAAGUCACAGCAAAGCCUACUACGGACUGCUCCCCCCUUCAUGGCCUUUUGGAUGACACAAUGUCUGAUGUGAAAGUCUGUCCCACUGUGAGUGGAAACCCCCCUCCGCCGGAGGUCAUAAAUCCCAAGAACCCUGGACGUGUAACCAAUCAGCUACAGUACCUGGAGAAGGUGGUGAUCAAAGCUUUACUGAGGCAUAACUUUUCGUGGCCCUUUCGCCAGCCAGUUGAUGCAGUGGCGCUGCAUCUCCCAGAUUAUUACACCAUUAUUACAAAGCCUAUGGAUCUGAGCACUAUCAAGAAGCGUCUUCAGAACAACUACUACUGGAAAGCACUUGAAUGUAUAGAAGACUUCAACACCAUGUUCACCAACUGCUACGUGUACAAUCGGCCUGGAGAUGACAUUGUUUUUAUGGCACAGACCCUGGAGAAGCUUUUUUUGCACAAAGUGUCCCAAAUGCCGAAGGAAGAGUGGGAAGUCACGGCAAUCACUGCGAAGGAACCAGUGAAAGGGAAAAAGAUGAAUGCAGGUGCAAUACAUCAGAGAUCCCUUGUGUCAGAAGUUGUUCUCCAGCAGACUGUGACAGUUAUUCCACCAGAUGUGCCUCAAUUCAUCCCACCCAUCCAGCUCUCUGCACAAAUUGAUGCAGUAACGAUUAAAAAAGCUUUCAAGAGGAAAGCAGACCCCACGACCUCCACCACCUCCCUUGUCACCAGUCACGAGGUGUCUGCUUGUGGGGAUCAUGCAGCACCUUGUACAUUAUUCUCCAGAAGAAGGCCGGUCAAAGCUCCAAAGAAAGACUUGCCUGCCGUAGAGAGCAAGAAGGUCAGACUGUCCGAGCAGCUCCGAUACUGUAACGAUAUCCUGAAGGAGAUGCUCUCCAAGAGACACUACCCAUACGCAUGGCCCUUUUACACCCCCGUUGAUGCUGUGGCUUUGGGCUUGCACGACUACCAUGACAUCAUCAAGCAGCCGAUGGACCUGAGCACCAUCAGGAAAAAAAUGGAUCAACGGGAGUAUGCAAAUGCAAAGGAAUUUGCUGUUGAUGUCCGACUGAUGUUCUCAAACUGUUACAAAUACAAUCCACCAUCGCAUGAGGUCGUCUACAUGGCGAGACAGCUGCAGGAAGUUUUUGAGGCCCGAUAUCUGAAAGUUCCCCAAGAAGCAGAGGGUUGUUCCAUACCUCAUCAUCGAGCUGACAAGAGACAAGGAGACGGAGCUGGAAGUGUGUCAACUUCAGAAAGUUCUGAAACCGAGAGCUCCGUAGAGGCGGAGAGUCCAUCAGAGGAGGUGGCCGUGCAGCUGGCCAAUCUAGAGGAGCGGUUGAAAGCUGUCAGCGACCAGCUGAAAAGACUUGCCCAAGAGCCCCUGCUGAAACCGAAGAAGAAAGACAAGUUGAAAAAGGAAAAGAGAGCCAAAGAGAAGGACAUCGCUCGACUAAAACACAAGUCAUCAAAGUACAAAUCUAUUGUAGAAAAAGCCAACCACAAGAUCUCUACUUUAUGUUUCAUUUGUACGUCUAGGCAUGGCAACAGACACAGUAUUCAUGGAGUACCUUUGAAAUGCAAGGAUGAGGUCUCAUCAGCACCGGUGAGCUACGAGGAGAAAAGGCAGUUGAAAAUAGACAUCAACAAGCUGCCUGGUGACAAACUGGGCAAGUUGGUGAAGAUCAUUCAUGCCAGGGAGUCCUGUCUGCGAAAAUCAUCUCUCGAGGAUAUUGAGGUUGACUUUGAAAUACUCAAGCCUUCCACACUGAGAGCCCUGCAGAGGUUUGUUGCAGCAUGUCUGAGAAAAUGCAACAAGAAAACUGGCCAAAAAAAGCAGGUGAAGCCUACAGAAGGACCGCCGCCUGGAAAACUAAAGGAUGUCAGGACACCUCAGGUUGCCGCUAAAGAGCAGCACUCAAUUAAGAAAAAAAAGCAAUCAGCUAAACCCGUGGCAGCUCCUGACCUCGGCUGCCCUUCACGCCUCAGUGACAGCAGCAGCAGCAGCAGCAGCAGCUCUUCGUCCAGCUCUGAAAGCAGCUCCAGCAGCAGCAGCAGUAGUCAUUCUAGCACUUCUGAUAGCAGUGACUCUGAAUCAGUGCCAAAAACAAAGAAGCCAAAAACUAAAGACUCUUGCCAAAAGGUGAAGAAGAAGUCAAAGGUGACUCGCGCUGCCUGUGGCAAGCAGAAAAUGGAGACAAAAGAUCUGACAAAAGCCUCGGUCAAGACCUGUCAGCCCCCUCUUGCUGUGCAGUUGUCGGCAGCAGAAACCAAAGGCCCCCCAGCACACCGUAGUGAAGACCAGACCUGUGAUGGGCUGACUCUAUCACCACCAGAUUUGUCUGCACUUUUAUCCCCCAUGGCCUCUCCAGGAGUGUUGCUGGACUGGGCUGCCACCAGAUUUGAGCCAGGCCCUGUGCUGUCCCCUUUGAGAGACAGCCCACUGCAGUCCAAAGAUGAGACCACGUCCAGUAAGUCGCUAGAUUCCGGGUACCCUGAGGAUCUUCCCGACAGUCAGCCGACUAAUGUGCCUUACACUAAUGAAGCAAGUAAAUCUGCUGAAGAGGAAAAACAUCCCAAAAAGGACAUCGUUCUAAAAAAUGCUGAGUCUUGGGCCAAACUGGUGAGACAGUCAGUCACUGCAACUGCAAUCAAGUCCUCAAAGGAGAGUUUUCAGCAGUUCCGUAAGGCCGCCAUAGAAAAGGAAGAGCGUGAAAAAGCACUGAAGAAGAAACAGAUGGAGGACAACAAGGAGAAGGAGGUUUCUGAAAAGAGCAGCUUACCAGCCACUUGUAAAGCAGAAACAAAUUCACAGCCUAUUAAGGAGGAUCCUGAUUCACCUGAUUGUACAGAAGGUGUCCUCGACGCACCUAAAGAUGUUGAGACACAUAAGCCAAAGUCUCCCACAGAAACCCAACCUCUAACCACGCAGUCCUCAGUCGAUAGGCAAAGAGAGAUGGCCCGCAAGAGGGAGCAAGAACGUCGCAGGCGAGAGGCUAUGUCUGGCAUUGACAUGACUAUGCAGCGGGACAUAAUGACCACAUUUGAGCUGAACCUGGACUGAACAGAAACUGGGAUUUACUUGGAAAAAAGUACUUCUGUGUUGUUUGUAUGAAUAACUGGAGCUCUUGGUUCUUUCUCGGGCACAAAAGACAACUUCACCAACCUCAUGUAUGUUCUUGAGAUUAGAAAAUAAAUGUUAAUUGAGGGGGAAAAAACAUUCAGUAAAAAAUAAACGGUUGUUGCCCUUCAUUUGUAUUUGAAAUGGAUGGUAAAUGUUUGCACUGACACACUGUUGAAUUUGAGAUGAUUGGGGUCACGCACUGUCAAAAAUUGGAACCUGAAACAAAUAUUGUGUGCGUCUUUUUCUCCUCUUUUCACAUUUGGAUGACUCCUAUAGGUGACAGUUGUGUACGACAAGCUAAUGAAUGUAUCCAUACACUGUAAAUGCCACCAUGUCUCGUUUGCUGAAAUGUGCAGUGUUGUUCAGGUCUGCUGUUACGUUAUCUUAUUUGAUAAACCAGCAUGUUUCAGGUGAUCCUGACUCAAAAAUAUACUAAAUGUAGGCAAAACACUGGUUUAUAUGUUGAUGUUGCACACGCGCGCACACACACACACACACACACACACACACGACUUCUUCUUUUGUUUUUCUUUUUUUUUUUUUUUUAUUAGAUAUCAUUCUGUACUCCACAUGCACUGCACUUUGUUGUUCAUACAGUUCUGGCUGUUCCAAAGUUGCUUUUGGAGACUAUCAACAUGUUCUGUAUGUUACAGUUUGUAUAUGCUGAAUAAAUAAGCAUUUAUUUCCUCUUC